UGAAGAAGGACCUGUUUAUAAAUGGAGCCCAAGAAGAAUAGCAGCCGACGUCAUCUUAUGUUUGGGCAAUGCACUAACACCAUUUCCGAUACAAACACGAUUAAAAGAAUAAAAGAUAUUUUGGAACAAGCGUUGGAUAACCUGAGAGAGGACAGUUUUAAACGAUUCAAGAGGAAACUUAAUUGCUGUCCGGUGCCUCAUGGGUACAACAAUAUUUCAUGGAACCAGCUGCAAAAUAUAACAGUGGACGACAUGGUUGACCUUCUCAUCAGUCACUACACAGCUGAACAUGCACCCAAACUGGUCAUACAGAUAAUGGAAGACAUCAACGAACGGCAGGCCGGUGUGCACCUCCAAAAAUUAUUGAAAGCAGUUUUACCAGAUCCUGCAGUAAAUGUGAUAGAGCAGACACCAUGGAAAAGAAAGCAGAAUGAAAACCCAUCUUCUGUAGCUACUCUUCACAGACAUCUGAAGAAAAGCAGAAAUAAGAAGAGCUAUAAAGAGUUGCUAACCUUUGGCUUAGUGUGUGAUGAGCAAGAAAAUAUGGACCCUGAACUAAUGAAUACCCAAGGGAAAGUGAACCACCUACCCAAGUCUGCCUUGCAAAAUAGACUCAAACCCACAUCAAGAAAAAGGCCUGUGCUGCAGAUUAACAUAAAUAGCGUGUGUGCUGGUGAAAAAAGCAAUGGUAGAUUUUCUGUUUUAACUUCUUCUUCUGACCCUCAAUUGUAUAAGACUCCCACUUCAUUAUAUGUUGAAGAGAUAUCGACAAUACCAACACCUUCCAGAAAUAAAUCAUUUUACAACAAAAAUUCCUCACAUGGUUCCAAAAAUUCACCAUCACGUAACACAAUGUCUACCUCUUCAGCUAACUGCCCAUCUGUCUUUUUCCAAACUGAUAAUGACAUUGUGUAUAUAUCAAGCCCUACCAACACGCAAAUUCCAGACAUCAAGUUAGCUCAUCUGGAAGAGGAAGAUGUAAAACUAAUGUUAGAAAACCAUAAAGGUAAACCUCAGAUAUACGUCAGAUAUCUGUUCAUGCACCAUGUGCCUUUUGAUAUUUAUCAGACAUGGACAAGAAACACUAAUUUUGAUGGCUCUCGUGGCAAAAAUGCCAUUCCAAAAAACUUGAGAGAUGAUAUUCUAGAACGAGUGCAGAAGGAAUUUUCAAUAUCAAAGGAUGAAUGUAAAACAAUCAUCAGGAAGGCAAUAAAUGAACUUCUUACACACCCACGCAAAUAUAAAUUGAAAAUUCUGGUAUAAAAUGGUCCCUUACAGUGAAUCAUAAUUUAAUGCUGUGUGUUUUCUUUUUACACUAGAAGUAAGCUAUUUGCGCUCGUUGGAUACCACAUGUAAUACAAGUUUGAAGUAAAAAAAUGAGUUUAUUUUCAACUUGUAAUACGCGUGCUACUUCCGAUGCGCAAACACUUCCGAUAAACCUCUUAUCGCUCCGCAUGUAGCAGUUAGCGCACCUCUCGUAAUCGGUCACAACUUGUUUUGUGCCUACGUAAAACAAAUGGUUCAAAUGAUAUCUUUGUAUAGAUGCUGUUAUAACUUUGUGUAAUUAUUAUGAAUAUGUUGUCUGUAGCUCUAUCAACUCCUCUUAGCUGUGUUAAUUUUGGACAAUAGGGUGGAAAGUGGGCAGAGAUUGAGGUCACAUAGGUUAACAUGAGAAAAUGUGCAAUAUCUCUGAAACGAAACUGGCGGCAGAAAUGUAUUACAAAUGAACGGUAUAUUUGUAUUCAUAAUUUAAUUAAAUGGGGUGCCAACUUCACACAGCUAUGUUCAUCAGAAUAUUUGUGUAGAUAUUAGCUUUUGUUAAUAAAAUGUUUCAGUUCGUACGUAA